UGUUGAGCUGAUUGAGCUCCAGUCACGUCGUUUGGAUGAUCGUUCACUGCUCUCUUCGGUCGUUUCCCCCUUUUGCGCGUGUAAUUGAAGCAGGUCUUAAGAUGCUGCUCUCUUUGGGGAUGCUGAUGCUCUCUGCCACACAGAUUUACACCAUUUUCACGGUUCAGAUAUUUGCCUUCCUCAACCUCCUGCCCGUGGAGGCCGACAUAUCCGCUUAUUCAUUCGACAAUAAGACGGAGAACUUUGAUGAUUUGCCAGCUCGAUUUGGCUACAGGCUGCCCAGUGAAGGACUAAAGGGUUUCCUGAUUGGCGCCCGUCCCGAGAACGCCUGCGUGCCGAUCGACCCCCCGCCGCUGCGGGACAACCUCAGCAGCGCCUUCAUCGUGCUGAUCAAGCGCUUCGACUGUAACUUUGACAUCAAGAUCUCACAGGAGACCAUGGGAAAGAUCUCUAUCAGAGUGAAACUACUGAUGCAAAACAAAGCCAGCUUGGAUAUUCUGAAGCAGAUAGACAUUCCUUCAGUGUUUAUUGGUGAAGAAGCGGCCAACUCUCUCAAAGAGGAUUACAUCUAUGGGAAAGGUGGUCAUGUGAUUCUCAUGCCGGACUUCAGUUUGCCUCUGGAAUAUUAUCUGAUCCCAUUCCUCAUCAUUGUUGGAAUCUGCCUCAUCCUCAUUGUAGUUUUCAUGAUCACAAAGUUUGUUCAGGACAGACAUAGAGCCAGGAGAAGUCGCUUACGCAAGGACCAGCUGAAGAAACUUCCAAUUCACAAGUAUAAGAAAGGUGAUUCGUACGAUGUGUGUGCCAUUUGUUUGGAUGAGUAUGAGGAGGGCGACAAGCUGCGGGUUCUUCCCUGCUCACACGCCUAUCACAGCAAGUGUGUCGACCCAUGGCUGACCAAAACCAAGAAGACCUGCCCCGUGUGCAAGCAGAAGGUCGUGCCGGCUGACGGCGACUCUGAGUCCGAGUCUGGUGACAGCGGCGGCGAGGAGAACGAAGUGUCGGAAAACACGCCCCUGCUGCGAUCUCUGGCCUCCACCGGCGCCCAUUCCUUCGGCACCAUGUCCGGCUCGCUGUCCCGUCCCGACGCCGAGUCCUUGGACUACGACGAGCGCAGCAACACCACCGACAGCGAGGAGGAGGCUACCGUGGAGACUGUGGUGGUACAGCUGCAGCAGGGCUGUCCCGACAACAUGGAGGCCAGCGCUUGAGACGUUAGCGACGCCAACUCGAACUCUCAGUGGAGAUUCCAAAACAUUUCAGCGUCACUUACAAGUUACCAUUGAAAAAUGUUUAACAUUCACCACGUGCAGCGAUACUAUGCAGCGAAAUUUUAUAAAUCAUGGUUUCCCCCCCAAAAGAAGUGCGAAAAUGCGUGAAUUUUGCCAACCUGGUGAAACGUCACCUUAGCGCUUGCUGCCAAACUCAUCUCAGAUGUGCAUCCGAUCACGACCAACUGCAUGGUUUAUACGACACGAUAAGACUUUAUUAGCGACACUGACGUCACCGUUUUAGUUUGAUCAUUAACAGCGGAGCCGCUCCAAACACCAGUCACUCAGACGUGAUCUUGGAAGUGUAGUUAGGUAUAACACAUCAUUUAUAUACUGUAAGUAGGAAAUAAGUUGGGUAAGUAGGAGUUGAAGGGUUUUUUUGCUAACACAAUGUGAUCUGUUACUGAUGUCUGAUUGCCUUUAAAUGUUGCUUUACUGUAAAUACACCUUUCACUCACCCUUGUUUCUAAGUAGUCUACAUUCAUUUCUCUUUUCUGAAUAAAAUACUACACCUUUUACUGUUUGUGUGUCAG